UGCCCGCUGCAACAACUUUCUGUCCACGACCGACGUUGCACCACCCCCCCCUCCUCCGAUUGAGUUGGGCACCCGCCUUGGGACCUUGCGGAUCGACGUGGAUUACGCGAAAGCCAAUGCGGAAAUUUUGUUCUGUCGACUUCGUCACCAACCCCGACACGAACCCUGCUGCCUACGGUGUACUCCCCCUACCGAUCCCUUUGACCACUGCCGGACCCAGAGGUACAUCCAUCCGAUCUCCCGGGGGUCGCAACUAGCCCGCUGGGUCAAAUUUCAACAUGGCCACCUGGGCUUACCCACCUCUACCCCAAGAGCGCCUGGAACAGGAAGUCGAGUCCGCGUUGGCGAACGAGCUAGAAUGGCUUUUGCGUUCCCUGCAAGACUCCCUUGCCUCCUUGAAAGAGGGCCUUCAUGAGUGUGAGGCCCUGUUGGCUCCCAAGGAGCCGGGAUCAACACUAGUCCUCUCGUCUCUGCGAUCGGAAAAUGUAAAAGGUUACGUGACUCGGGUUGGGACGAAGAUCGUGAAAGGCGAUAUUCAGCUCCGCCUUAGCUCCCUUGCCUCGCGGGGUUCAGCCACCACCCGCUUGUGUCUUUCUAAUGCCCCUGCAACACCCGAGCUCGUUCUAAGCCAAUUGGUAUCGGUAAGGAACCUUGUCAAUCAAAGUCUCGAUAUUGUCGACGUAAGCGCUUGGACUGGAGAUCCACUCAAUGCUAGCUUCAUCUUCGGACAACUGCACCUUCUGCGCGAGACAAUCAGCGAAGCACGGCAGAUGUUGAAGGGUGAAAAUGACAAGGUCCGAGGCAAGUGGUGGGAGACAAGUGCACAAGAGGAUAUGUUCGACCCUCCACUACCAUCGUACUUGUCGUUCCAUCUCUCCAUUGCCGACUCGGCACUGGUUCUACAUCUCAGGACGCUAGAAUCCAACACACCCACACAUACGCCAACCGCGUUCGCAGCCGACAUCUCUCUUACUGGGUUCAACCUGCGAGAUCGGCUCUUUGGAACUCGCCAUCGCCCUCACGAUGAGGCCGGCGACGUAUUCACCUGGAAAGGGGAUGAAGUUAAGCACGGGCGAAGGUAUUCCUCCACAUCGCCUACGGAGACCGAUCCCAGCACGAAGCGGAAGGAUACUAUCUACACCUUGAUCGAUGAAAUCAAUCAGAAUGACUUGGAGAUGGCUGAACUCAUGCACGACCUAGAUCUGCUGGAUGAUCAUGAGAGAGCCCUCAACCUUGAGGGAAUAGAUUUCGAUCAUGCCGUGAGUCAGACGAUCGGCCACCGGGACGAAGCGACCUUGGAAGCACGGGUGCGACAAGCGAGACAAGAGUUUGGAGAAUACCUUCCAGAGGGGCAUUUGAACGAUACGGAAACUCAGCUUUAUACCCGGUUGUAUGGCGAACCGGUCACUCUCGCGCAGGAUUCCAGACUUGACAUGGUGGAGGAAGGGGAGGAGGAAAUAGACCCGGAUAAACUUUACCGUUUCGACGCCGAGGGAGGCUGGGAAGAAGUCGAGUUGGAUGAGGUGGAAGAGUUGGAAGAGUCGGAAACACACGACGAGCCUCCGUUGGUCUAUGAUAUGGAAGCCGAACCGCCAAUUGAUGAAACGAUCGCGAUGCAACGGACGCGAGAAGUCGCUGAACAGCUUGGAGGAGAGAUCAUGCUAGAGCAGUUCGAAGAUGAGGCAGCGUCUGAUUCGACUCCCAGAUUCCAUCCUCUGACCUCAAUGGGGAAGUUCUCCACGGAUCCCAGCACGAUAUUUCCACCGAAGGACACUCUGACGGGUCCCGUCUCUGUGAUUCUGUCGGAUUUCUCCAACAAGCAUAUCGCAGAAACUGCUCAUCGCGCAUUUGGCGGCAGGUCUCUCCCUCACUCUGCUACAACCCCACCUCCUCGCAUGCAAGUCCCUCAACAACCGAUCGCUCUGGAAGCGUCCCAGCGUUUCAUGACCGAGAUGGAAGCUAAUGUCUACCUUGCCGCUCUUUACCCCGCUAUGUAUGCAUCUGCCUUGAGUGUGCUCGUGGAAGUUCGGAAGCGUUUGGGUACGGAGUGGAUUCGGAAUUUGAUGGCACAAGAAGAUGGUCCCCAUGUUCUCGAUGUCAGCGCUGGAGGUGCAGGCGUCCUGGCGUGGCGAGACAUUCUUCGUGCUGAGUGGGAAGCUAUGGUACCAGAUCGUAGCCCAGAGGAGCCUUGUCCUGUGGGUCGGUCGACGGUCGUUAUUGGAUCCGAUGCCCUUCGUCCCCGUGCAAGCGUCAUGCUUGAAGACACAACCUUCCUCCCACGGCUGCCUGACUACGUACAUAUCCGAGAGAAGCCCACCUUGGACGAUGAGAGAGCUCCGCCAAAACGGAAACAGUACGACGUUAUCAUUGCUCCACACUCCCUGCUCGGAAUUGAGGAGGAGUACCUUCGAAAGGAACAUGUGCAGAACUUGUGGAACCUUCUAAAUCCUAACGGAGGUGUUCUGAUCCUUCUCGAAAAGGGCCACCAAAAGGGCUUCGAGGCGAUCGCCGGAGCCCGCGAAAUGCUACUGAAGCGAUUCGUCUCGAGCCCUGGGUCCACCAACUACGAGAACUUCCUCGAGUCGCCUGAGGAAGAUGCAUUUAUCGAAAAAGAACCCGGCAUGAUCGUUGCUCCUUGCACCAACCACAACAAGUGCCCUAUGUACCACACGCCGGGCCAUAGUAAGGGCCGUAAGGAUUAUUGUCAUUUCCAGCAACGCUACAUCAGGCCUCCGUUCUUGCAGCGCAUCAUUGGCGCCAAGGACCGAAACCAUGAGGAUUUGAAAUUCAGUUACAUCGCUGUCCAGCGCGGUGUGGAUCGGCGGGUCGAAGACGGAAUCGUCCAGGGCCCUGAAGCGGCCGAUGCAGCCUUUGCCGGGUACGAAGAUGCGGUCGAAAUGCCGAAGGAAGGAGUCGAGACAUCCGAAGCCGUUGCGUCCGAAACCCAGUCUUCUGCCGAACAAGCGGCCGACGUCAAUGCCCUCUCGCUCCCUCGUCUCGUCUUCCAACCCAUGAAACGCCGUGGUCACGUCACCUUCGACGUGUGCACACCGGCCGGCAAGAUCGAGCGGUGGACCGUCCCUCGCUCAUUCAGUCGGCAAGCUUACAAGGACGCGCGCAAGGCCCAAUGGGGAGACCUGUGGGCCCUGGGUGCGAAGACUCGCAUUUUCAGGAAGCUGAGACUCGGCGACAAGCAUGGCGAGAGCAAAAAGGAACGACUGGCCAAACGAGCCGCCGAGAAAGCGGAACGGGACGAAGGCGAAUUAGACGAGGAGGAUACUGAAGUUGGUGGAACGCCCAUGAUUGAGACCCCAAUUAAGAAGAAGGGGCAAAAGAUUCCCGCUUGGUUGAAAGAUCAGCACAAGACGAAACGCAGACAAGCGUUGAAGCAGAUCAAGCCAACCUCCUAAGCCUAUAGAUAUGGGUUGAUUCGGUUCAUUUGGGUACAUGGCGUCAAAGAUUGGCGCAUAAAGGGUUGAAUCGUGCUUCCUGGCUAGGAGCAUCUAUGUGAUUGAGAGGUCAUUGUAUUAUACUUGUACGAUAUAUGAGCUGGUGUAUAGAUCAUGUCAUUGCUUGU